AUGGGGUGUGUGUCAAAGGUGGUGAAGGCAACAAGGAUGGGAAAAAUGAUUAUUAUGAGGGAGUAUGAUCGCUAUGAUCCUUUUAUAAUUGCAGAAAGAGUUAGGCAAGUGUACUAUGCUCCAUAUCCAUUGCGGAGGGAUAAGGCUGUUUGGUUAGUUGUAAUCAAAACAAAGCCUGUUGGCAGGGUGGAAGUUGAGAAUCAGGGGUCUAGAUUUGUGCAGGGAUGUGGAUCGCAACCAUCUUCAAGGACCCCGUCUCCCUCUCCACAGAGUUCGUCUCCUAGCAUUUCUAGACUUCGUCUUCGGGAUAGUAGCACUGAGGCAGAUGCCCUCUCUUCUGCGCAUGCUUCAGAUUCAUCGGAGGAUGAUGAUCCGGAUGAUGUGCGUUAUGAUCAUUACCAUAGGAUCAUCAUCAGGCCUGAGGGCAAUGAGUUUAUUCCUAAUAAUGAGGUUACAAAGAUAAUCACUGAUAUACUUGCCUCGUUGUAUUUAACACCCUAUCCGACUUGGAGUGACUUUCCUGAGAGUCUCGUGGAACAGAUGUUCAACCAAUUUAAGACUAAGUGUUCCUGGGAGGACCAGUAUAAUCGUGAAAUUUGUAAAAAUUGGGAGUACAAAUGUCGUAAGAGACUCUCUGAUUCCUUCAGCACCGCUCGAAGGGUUAAAAAGAAGCCUUCAUGGGUUCUACCGCAUAUAUGGGUGGAUCUGGAGAAGUAUUGGACCACCAACAAAUUCAAGAAGCAAAGUGAACAGGGAAAGAAGGCUCGAACAUCUGAGAAGGGUGGCUCCUUGCACUGUCUGGGUUUAAGGAGCAUGGGAGAUACGAGAAGACAUCUGGUAAUUCCUUAAAAUAUUUCGGUCUAUUUUUAUCGAACUAUAUUUAUACAUCUCCCAAGACAGAAAUAGUAAGCAUAUGCUUGACCUAGAACUGUUCCAUUAUUAAUAUCUCACCAUGUGAGUAAGAUAUAUGUACUGAAAGCAAAUAGUGAGCAGUUGGCAUCAAAAUUUACCAAAGAUCGUAUCAUAGAUGCCAUAAAUGUGAUUAUGAAACUUUGCGGAGCAUGUAAAAUUUAAAGGAACAUAGAAUGGUGAAAUUUGAUGGACAUAAACUCCUGGUUAUUUUGAAAACUUUUUAGCUA